GUUACGUUACUUAGGUCGUUUCCUCAAUGCAAUAAGAAAUCCAACAGCCACUAACUCAAUGUCGCUCGCUCACUAUCGCCCACAUGCUCUUGUACUUAUGCUUCUCCCCUCCACUAUGUCUCGCGGUAUGAAUAUAUAAAUGCAGUAUGGGAGCCACAAGCGAGCUAACUUGGCCUAUAGAUCGGGCCAAGACGGGGGCCUUUCAGAUAGGGUUUGCUGUAGGCCGGCUGUUGGUGUAUGCCCUACCAAUGUCGAUCUCUUCACUAAUCUGGGGGAGGCAGUACAUAGAGUAACCAACACGAGUAACACGGGUUCUGGAGGUUGUAGGAAGCAGAUGGGGUCCUACAUUGCUACAUCGGCUCACGAUUGGAGCAGAUUCACCUCGGGCCGGUGCAUGAUGAUGGUUCACCCGAUGUAUUCCUCUACCCCAAGCGCCCUCAAUGUUGCCUUCCCAGGUUCCCGGGACCGACAGACUUAAGUGUUGAUCUCGAACACAUAUAUAGAACCUAGCUGGCUGUCGUCAGGUUGUCCCCUCCCUGACCUUCUAGACUUCCUCUUCCCUUUUAAUCAACUUACCUAAGCAGCGAGUGCGAUGACAGCCACGCGACAUGGCUAGCUCAGCGGAUUGUGCCUCGGGCUAUUGCCCGCGAGUCUUUCUCACAUAUGAGCCUUCUCUCGCUGGAAACGCGGUCCUUCUCGCCCUAUUCGCCGUUCUGAUACCUGUCACCUUCGCCUUGGGGAUUAAAUAUAAGAGCUCCAUUUUCGCUGCAACCGUAGACACUGGGCUUGCCUUGGAGGUGGUGGGCUAUAUUGGUCGAGUUCUGUUGCACAGCAGCCCAAAUGACCGAAGCUAUUUCAUCCUGUUCAUAAUUGGGACAGUGAUAGGCCCAACAUUUAUCUGCGCCGCUUUGUUCCUUAUCAUGCCGCAGAUCGUCGCUGUCUAUGGCGAGGAAUUUCGCUCGUGGAGACCGGACUGGUUUUCUUACCUAUUCUACGCACUCUUGACUAUAUCAGCUGCACUCGAGUUGGCUGGGGGGAUCGUUUCUACGAUACGAGAUGAUUCGGGAGAUAUUGACACAGGUGUUCGUGUCCUCGUUGUUGGACUAGCGAUCCAACUUGUCGCGCUAGCUAUCUUCAUCUUCCACGCUAUGCUGUUUGCGAUCGCCGUCCGCACGAGACACCAUACGUUAGAUAUCAAGUUUGCUGGGAUAUACAACAGCGGGUCCUUCAAGAUCUUCUUACUUGCAUUCUCGCUAGCUACUCUCCUGCUAGUCGUGCGAACAGCUUAUCGACUCGUCGUAGUUGCAGAGGGAUACGAUAGCUCAAUCGCGCAGUCCGAAAUACUUCUACUAAUUCUCGACGGCUUGAUGGUGCUCCUCGCUACUAUACUCCUGACCGUAUUCUUCCCGGGACGCGUAUUGCCUGACUCGCGGCCUCAGACGAUGACCCGGAGGGUCUCCAAAACACCACUACGACCGAUUCGACCGGCCCCGUACGAACAACCCUCGGUUCAUAAUAGUCCGACUUACUAUUCGUCCAGCAUCAGGUCUUCCCGGCAAGCCCAUUCACCAAAGAAAUCGCAGUAUCCGAUACAACCCGCUCCCCAGAGGAGCAUGGUUGAUAGCGACGCUUUGUGGUGAAUGGGACUUUGGUAUAUUCGCGAGUGGAAGGGGUCGACACUCGUAUCAGAGUCUCGUAUCUCGGUAGGAAUCCGGGAUGGUUAUAGGGGGUUUAUGUGACUUGGUUGACGGCUGCCCGGAGAGAAAGCCGACUAUGACUUCGUUAAAAACUUACAUGGCUUCGGGAAGCCUGGCUUCAGAGGCGCCAUGGUGUCGUUCGCUUGAUUUCCGUCUAGGAGCUACGUUUGGAUUAUGAAUCUUGGCGUUGAGGAUAUUCAACUCUUUUGCGAUAUGGUAUAUCGAGAAACUGCCACAUC